CCCAUCCUAUAAAUGUAGUGCAGAUCCAAUCACCACAUAAUUAAGCACCAACUGCAAUUAGUACACUAGCUAGCUGAACUUUCCAUCGACGCAGGAGUAGCCAAGGAGUCUACUCAAAAAAGCUAAGCAAGAAUGGUGGAGAAGCCGGCGAGCCAGGCCGACGUCGGCGGCGAUGUGGAGGCGCAUAAGGAGAGGAAGGGGCUGUGGUCGCCGGAGGAGGACGAGCGGCUGUACACCCGGAUCACCAGGCACGGCGUGUCCACCUGGAGCUCCGUGGCGCAGCUCGCCGGGCUGCGGCGGAGCGGCAAGAGCUGCCGGCUGAGGUGGAUGAACUACCUCCGGCCGGACCUUAAGAAGGAGCCCAUCUCCAAGCGUGAGGAGGAGACCAUCAUCUCCCUCCAGAAAUCACUCGGCAACAGAUGGUCGGUGAUCGCGGGGAAGAUGCCGGGGAGGACGGACAACGAAAUCAAGAACUACUGGAACUCCCGCAUCAGGAAGCGCCAGACCCUCAGCACCGGCGGCGGGAAGGGCGACAGCGGCCUCGCAAAGCAGGGUGACCUUCCGGCCGCCGAUGACAAGGCCUCCGUGCUAGCAGGGCCCCGAGGGAAGGAACCGGUUAGCAGCAUGGCCUCCGGGGCGACGGUGCCUCCUGUUCCGGCACGGUUCCCACUGUUCGCGUGCCAGCUUCUUGGCGGUGGCGGAGGGGCCGCCGCAAUUGCAGCUGCAGGCACCACCGAGUCGACAACCACUCACGAGAACAACGGCGCCGGCUCAGAGAGCGAUGCUGCUAGCGUGGGCAACGGCAGCGCUGCCGGCGACGAUGGUCGGGAGGGACAUUACUACUACUGCGCCGUCGACGGCGACAUUGACAUGGUCCAUCUCAUGUCGUUCGAUGACCUUCUCGAGUACCCGGCCGGCGAUCUGCUCAUGGAUGCGUGGGAUCAGAACGGACUCUACUCCACGAAUACGGGGAACUCUGUUGAUUGAUUUGGUUGUUGAUUAGCCCGGCGGGCGUGCAAGAGGGUUAGUUAUUGGUAAAUUUGUUCAAUUACAUUGUGUAUGCACGCCUAGCCGCCUAGGGCAGCUCCCCUCUUGUGCACAAACCCAACCUUUUGUUGAAUCAAUUGAUCGAGUGGUAAUUAAUGGACGAUUAUUUUUGUUCCA